AUGGCUAACAGUUCACAUCUGGGUUCUUGUGUUAACGUAUUUCUAAGUUUCAGAAAUUAUAUAGACAAUUUAUCAGACUUGUGUAGUCUAACUGAACAGAUUUCCAAUGCUGAUGAUUCUUUCAAUAAAAUCUUGGAUGAAAUUCGAAAAAUUUCCAAUGAUGAAUCAGUAUUUGAAAGAUUGCUCACGGAAAGAGUUCUUACAGAUUUUAUAAAGCGUUGUGCCGAGUGCAAGAAAGUGUCAAAGGUUAAUGAUGGUGGAGUUAAGUUCUUCAACGCUGCAUGUAUUCAUAAGAAGAAAAGAUCGAUUCGCAAACGGGCAGGGAAGGUUCCUGAAUCUUUAAUUCAAUUAGGGCGAAGCUUAACUGAAAGAAAGCCUGAAGAAGAGGAAGAGGUGGAAAAUAGAAGGAAAAAGAAGAGAAAGAUUGUUGAAAGGCCAGAACAAGAUUUGGAACCAACGAUGCCUGAAAAGUUCAAAAGGAUAAUCAACGAGAUGAAUGGUAUGAAAACUAUGUUUGUCAUGAACAAAAUUUUGACAGGAACAGAUGUAGCCAAGGUAAACAAUCGUUUAUCGAUACCGAGGAAGCAAACGAGGAAUUGUAACUUCGUUGACAAAGAGGAGAUGAAGAUUCUAGAUAAGAAGAAAGGAAUAAAGGUUAAUAUAGUUACACCAUCUAUGGAAAUCGUGGAGUUGGAAUUGAAGAAGUGGGUCAUGGGUUCAACCUACACUUAUAAUUUGGUUGGGGGUUGGAUUAAGAAAGUGGUGGAUAAAGAAGCCAAUCAACUGCAACCCGGAAGAUUGGUGCGACUUUGGUCUUUUAGACAAGAUUCAAAGUUGUGCUUCGUAUUGGAUAAUGAAGGAUGUUGAACUAGUUUGAUUAUUUUGUUGUCUUAAUCUUACAUAGUGAUUGUUGUCAUUUAAUAUCUUAUUAAUUUGCGACAAUGUAGUUGUUUUAAGAACUAGUUUGAGAUAUGUUGUUAACUUGUUGUAAAUCUAGUCAAGUUUUGGGGAUCUCACUCAUUAAUAAAUUAAUAGAUUUUC